AGGGGGUAGAUUUUGUUUUUAAAAUCUUAGCAUGUAGCUGAUACGCAGAGACGGUAGUCUUGGCAUUCCUCCGUGCCGACUCCUCUCUGAUCUGUGUUCCAUGGCCAAAUUCCAAAAGAAAAGCCAUCAAACCAAACCCAAAACCACACACUUCCUCUGUUGCUACUUUGGGUGUUCUAGCUGGGCUUCCGAGCAAGGGUCCGUGGAAAGCCUCCGAAACGAUGGCAAGAAGAUCAACAUUCAUUGGCUUUCUUGGUCCAGAUUAAUUCAAACGAAGAAGUCCGGCACCAAAACCGCGCCGCUCGAAUCCACCCUCAACGAGAAAUCAGACCCGAAAAAAGAAAUUCCAGGAUCGGGAUCAAAGCCCGACAAGCUCACGUCGAUGCCUCAAGAAGCUCCAGUAACUGAUCAUAAGCUGCCUACUCAGGUUCCUGUACUCGCCCUGGUUCCCUUAGAUCAAACACAUGAGGCUUUGGAAGGAUCUCAAGAGACAACGUACGAGCGAGCUGCACAGAAACACGUUCAACAUUUUGAGCGUACGGAUACUUGCGAGGAAGACAUGUUUCAAAUAUGGUUGUCUUGUGGCCGGAAAAAAGAAGCCAUAAGACCGGGCUACAGUCAUCCUGGCUCACCGAAGACGUCCAAGACCAAGCCGCUCGCCGUGAUGUCACACUCCGUGUCUCUACCAGUUUCGCGUCACGAAAAAGGGGCAAUCCCAAUAUCAUCGUCGUUAACGAACUCCCGAGCUGUAUCAAAGAAUCUGGACCGGGAAAAGGGAUCAAUAUCGACCAAGAAACUUGACUCAGCGGUGGGUUUAUCAAUUGUGGUGGUAACCUUAAUAAUAAUGUUGGUUUGGGGUAGAGUGUGUGCCAUUCUUAGCACAUCCGCAUGGUUAUACUUCGUCCCUCGUUUAGUCGAGCAAAAUCCGAACAGUCAUCAUGAUCAGGAUUAUGAUUCCGAUGAGCACAAGAAGAAGGUGGUCUUUGAAGGAUUUCUCGAGAGAAACCACCGGGGUCCACCGUAAUUUCAUAAAGAGCGAGUCGGCAAUUUCUAUCAAUGUAUAAAUAUGUCUAUGUGCUACUUUAUAAGCUUGAUUUUGCCUUUUAAGAUUGUGUUUUUUAUUUUCUUUUGAACUCUUAAUAAGAGAAAAUUAGGGAUUAAAGAAUCUUA